AUGGCACAGAAAGCCUCCAAAACCCUCGCAGCCCGGAAUACUUCGCUUCUUCUGAGGACACACAUCACCACGGCCUCGCUACACGCGAUUCUCCUGCUGCUACACUUCAUCUUCAACCGGCCGGCGUCUCUGCUGAAAUAUGGCCUGUUGACGUCUCCAACACUCGUGAUCGAGUUCUACUUUGAACGACUGGGUCGUCCGCGCUACGAUGCUGCUAACGGUUCGCUAAGAUCGCCGGGAGAAGAUCUCGAUGCGCCGGGCUUGACGGAGUACUGCUGGGAUGUGCUGUACUGGACGUGGGGGUGUAUGGGCGCUGCGUGUAUAUUUGGAGACUACGGAUGGUGGCUGUGGGUGGUUGUGCCGCUGUAUUCGAUGUGGCUUGCCUAUACGACCUUUAUGGGUGUGAAGAAGGGCCUGCCUGGCAUGGGAGGAGGUGCUGGAAUGGACAUGGGCAUGGAUGAAGGUGCCGGGCAGGCUGAGAGUAAGAGACAGAAGAAGAUGGAGAAGAGAGGCGGUGGCCAGAGGGUCAAGUAUAGAUAG